UACAAAGAAAGAAAGGUGAAAGUGAACUAAUACAAGUAUUGCGUCUCGAUACACCUGUAAUCAACCAACUCCUAUGCCACCGGCGCCAUAAAUGCAAGGCACUCUUAAAUCCAAUCCAAUCACAUUUUCAUUUCUUACACUCACAACAAUCAGCAAAAGACAAGAACAGACAGAAAGAGAAAUGGGAAUCGGGAAAACGACGCCGUUGGAAGAUGUAAUAGAAAAGGCUGGAGGAUGUGCGGUGGUGGACGGAGGUUUCGCAACCCAACUGGAGAUACAUGGCGCAGACAUUAAUGAUCCUCUUUGGAGCGCUCUCUGCCUCAUCAAAGACCCUCAUCUAAUCAAACUCGUUCACGAGGAAUAUCUGGAAGCCGGUGCUGACAUUUUGGUCACUUCUUCCUACCAGGCCACAAUUCCAGGAUUUGUGUCGAGGGGACUUUCCUUUGAAGAAGGGGAGUCACUACUGAGAAGGAGCGUGAAAUUGGCGGUAGAAGCUCGAAACAGCUUCUGGGAGUCCAUAAAAGAUACGCCUGGCCAUGCCUAUAACAGGGCCUUGGUUGCAGCCUCCAUUGGAAGCUAUGGAGCUUAUCUUGCCGAUGGCUCUGAAUAUAGCGGGUGUUAUGGAUCAAACGUUGGUUUGGAUAAGCUUAAGGACUUCCACCGACGUAGAUUGCAAGUUCUUGUUGAAGCAGGCCCGGACUUACUCGCGUUUGAGACCAUUCCCAAUAAGCUAGAGGCUCAGGCUUGCAUAGAGUUGCUUGAAGAAGAAAAAGUUAAAAUACCAUCUUGGAUCUGCUUUAGCUCUGUAGAUGGAGAGAAUGCCCCAUCAGGGGAGAGUUUUAAGGAGUGCCUUAAUAUCAUAAACAAGUGUGACAAAGUUAAGGCCGUGGGAAUCAACUGUGCUCCUCCUCAGUUUAUUGAAGCUCUCAUCCUGACACUCAAUAAGUUAACGGACAAAGCAAUUGUUGUCUACCCUAAUAGUGGUGAGGUAUGGGAUGGCAGAGAUAAGAAAUGGCUGCCUUCAAAGUGCUUCAACCACCAUAAAUUUGAAUGUUAUGCGAAGAGAUGGCGUGAUGCCGGGGCUAAGCUGAUCGGAGGAUGUUGCCGGACGACACCUUCCACCGUUCAGGCCAUUUCAAGAGCUUUGAAAGAAAAGUUCUAAUGUCAGUCAGUCUUCGACUUAACUAGUAUAAUUCAUUGCUGUCUUACAAGACAGCUAAAAGAUGAUUAAAAGAGGCUUUCAUGUUCGGCGCAAGUGUCAUUCUUCUGCAGAUUACCAAAUUAACAACGGAAUACAAUAACUAAUGAUACUUAGUAUGAAAGAGAGAGUUGUUAUUUGUUUAUCUUUUGUCCAUCUAUUGAUUUAUUUAUUUGAAUCAUGGAAUGUACUCUUGGGCUGCUUAUCUGUGCUGGAUAUUUAAUAUAUUUUUGGCAAGAUUCAUCUA